UCUGACGUCAGUAGCAAAGACUGAUGUAAACAGAGUGGCAGAAACAACACGCUAACCUCUCGGUUAGCUUGUUUCUUGCGUUUGUAAGGGAAUAGCUCACACGUUUAAACGUAAAUACCACGGUUAAAUGUUUUUUAACUAGACUUCUGGAUCUGCUGACGUUUUGUACCGUAAUUUACCACAUUAGCCAGCUUUUAGCUAACGUGAACAUCACGUUAGCAUAACCAAAAUGGAUGAUAACAAGAUGUUGGCAGGUAAAGUGAAGAAGCCUGGGAAACGCGGUCGCAAACCUGCAAAGAUUGACCUGAAAGCCAAACUGGAACGCAGUCGUCAGAGUGCACGAGAAUGCAGAGCGAGGAAGAAGCUUCGAUACCAGUACCUGGAGGAACUGGUUUCCAGUAAAGAGAGGGCCAUCUGUGCUCUGCGGGAAGAGCUCGAGAUGUACAAACAGUGGUGUUCGGCCAUGGACCAGGGGAAGAUCCCGUCAGAGAUUAAAGCUCUGCUCACAGGUGAUGAUCAGAAAAUCCCUCAGAGCGGCAGCAGCACCAAGGCGUCCAAGAACGGCAAAAACAGCAUCAGCAGCAACGGCCAGGCCUGAAGGGAAACCGAGAUGGAGCUGAAGCACUAAUGAUGUGAAGAGACUUGAGAGGAGAUGACUGCAGCUGUCAGUCAUCAACUUCUGACAGGGACAUGCAUGUUGUUAAAGGCUCAGUGGUUUCAUUUUCUGUAUUUAACCAGAUGCGAUUUCAUAUGUCAUGAUGCAUACAGUGUUUAAAAUGACCCUUUAAUUUGAACUGCACCUCAGAGUUUUGCCCAUGAGUGUGAAGAAAAUAUCCAUAAUCCUAGGUGAGAAACCCUAUUUAAAGAGUCAAAUAUUAAUGCAUAAACAUGAACCACCAGUAGUCAGCAACAAACGAAGACAAGAUAAAUUUAGUAAAUAUUCGACAUGUCCACAGCAAUAAUUGUUCUCUAUAAUAUGUCAUACUCACCACUCCAUUCAAAACGUUUUACAGAAAUCAUGCUUUUAUCAUCUAAUUAAUUCCAGUCAUUUCCUCUGAUCCUGUGGAUUGUUUUACAUCAGAAGUUUUCCAUUAGCUUGAAUGUUCAAAUACUAUUAAUCCAAACAAAUAUGCACCCUUUCAGUCUCUUUGACUGUAGUCAACCCCCACAUUUUCUUCAGAAAUUGUAGCCAUAAUCCAAUCAAAUCUGACCUCAAAUUCAUACAGAUGCGAAGAUGUUUUUUGAUUUAGAAUUAAUCUGAAUAAACAUCUGCACAUACUUAUCCACUUAUAAAUGUUUGGAAAUAGGCUUUCUUUCUAACUGUGUAGCUUGCUUGAGUUUUCUUCUAACAACUCAAAAGUAGAUGUUAAUUAUUGACAGACGUUAGAAAUUUUAAGUCAGAGCCAACCAAAAAAUAUGUUUAUGUCUUUGUUGAGAUUAUUUAUUUUGUUCAGUUUUAAUUUGACUGAUGUGAAAAAUCAGUAGGAAGUGUUGAAUUUUAUCAUGAGCCAACAAAAAAACACUGGUGAGUAUGAUACCACACUCUUGUUAUACUAAUGAAUUAAUGGGUGGAGAUAACAAUAGACUACUCAAUUAUGUUUAUAUGUCCUAAUAGUAUCCGCAUUUUUAUUGUCCCUAUUAAGCCAAGUACGGAUAAGUUUAAGGGAAAAAUACCACAAAAUAAUCACUCCUUUUUGGCUGUUUUUAUGUGUUGAUCCAGGUCCAAUGGUCAGGAUGUGAAAUGUACUUUGAUGAAUGUGUUGGAUAUAUUUUUGUAUUUGUAAUUUAUAUCGACUCGGAGAAAGCUCAUUUGUAAUUUUUUUUUUCUCUGCCUCUUUGGCUUUUUGUAAACAGACUGAUUCACACAGCUUGUAAUUACUCUAAUUUAGCAUCAGCAGCAGUCAGUGUUUUAUUAGUUUUUUUUUUCUCUCUGCUAAUGUUACCCUCUUUAGUGAGGCGAUUAAAUCGUCAUAAAAAUAUGUGCACUUUCUUACAUUAGGCAGAAGCACUUUUUCAGCUGAUGGUAGGUUGUUUAGAAACGUCAAAAUGUUGAUCUUUUUGUUUGUUGAAUUAAAUAAAAAUAUGACUUACAG